AUGGCAAGGUCUGGAAUCAACUUAAGCCAUCGAUCUGCUGCUUAUAGAGCAGUCUUAGAUGGGAAAAGACAGUCAGUAGAAAACUUUCGCAGUUUCUGGAGGGAAGAAGGUGUGAAACCACUUGCUAAAUGUGGUGAUACUGUUCUCCAUAUUCUGGCCAUUCAGGGAAAUGUGGCUGCCUUCGGAUUACUUCUCCAAGAUGGUCUUGUGACCAGUGAAAAUCUGAAGGCCAAGAAUGUCAACGGCGACACUGCAUUGCAUGAGGCUGCAAGAUUUGGUCACAAGGAUGUUGCAGAGAUCAUCUUAAGGACAGAAAGGGAUUUAGUGUCUGAGAGCAACAAACUGGGUGAAACCCCUCUUUUUGUGGCUGCUGCAUGUGGGAAAAAGGAAGUUUUCUCACUUCUGGAAAAGUAUAUCGGUGAUUACAUGAUGAGGAGGAAUGAUGGAUGCACAAUCCUUCAUGCUGCUGUAAUUGGAGAAUGUUACAGUAAGCUUCUCUAUCAAGUCUAUGCUGGUUUGGCAAUUGGCAUAUUGGAGUCCUGUCCUGAUCUUGCUGGAAAACGUAAUGAAAAAGGAAAAACUGCUUUACAUCUUUUGGCUGCAAAACAAGAGUCCUUCAGGAGUGGGUCUGCCUACACGCUCAAAGAUCUUCGGAGGAAGUCCCUCAUUCCUCUGCAUAUACUCCGAACUAUAAUCUAUUCUUGUAUUGCGGUCUUGUACAAGGAAUUGCAAACUGUCAAUAAUGUAGAAGAACCAAGCAAUUCAGCUUCCAUUCAUAAAGUGAAUAGAUCUUCUUUUGCCAAUUUUAUCUUGGGUAAAGCAUCUUCUUGUAUCUACUUCAUAUGCAUUCAUGCUAGUGAUGAUAGAAUAUAUUGGUAA